AUGAAAUCCGCAUUGAUCCUCAGCAUCUGCUCAAUGUGCGCCCUCAUUCUCGCCGCCCCAACUGCAGCGGGCGAUCUAUCGACCCUCACUAUAAGGGCAGAAACUCCCCAGCAAGCCACAGACCGACUCCUCUUCUCCUCAACCAUGGCCCAAUUCACAGCAGCACGCAACGCGAAAGAUCCACCCUCGCUGAACUGGGAGUCAGACGGCUGUUCCCACUCCCCAGACAAACCGGGUUUCAACUUCCUCCCCAGCUGCUACAGACACGAUUUCGGCUAUCGCAACUACAAGGCCCAAGACCGCUUCACGAGGGACAACAAGAAGAAAAUUGACAGGCUGUUCCGCAGUGAUUUGUACGAUGAGUGCGCGAAGGAAGAGAAUGAUCUGAGGAAGACGGAAUGCACGGAAAUUGCUAAUGUACGGAACAUACGAAAGCCGUUCGGUUUGCAUAUGGCUGAGAUUCCAUGCCGCUAUCAGUCCAAGGAGCACUAA